AUGAAGGCAAAAAAACGAUCUGUGUCCAACGCCGUGGAUUCCAGUGGGAAUGAGCGCCGCAAGACGCCACAUGGCGACGCCAAACGGGCCAAGACGGUACGUGGCGAGCCGUCGGAGGCCAACGACGUGCAGCAGCUGGCUCAGGCUCUCGCGGCUGACCCGAUCAGGAAUGUCCGGGCCGUCAAACGCCUGCUGGGCUUCCUGAAGGCCGAAACUCCGGCCGAGCAGGCCGCGCAGGCCACCCUGGCGCUGCGCGUUUACUUCCUCGGUGCACUGGAGCGCGGCCACCUCAAGAUCAAGCGCGCCGAGCAGGCGUCGGACCAAGACCCGGAGGCGGUCCUCGCGGAGUGGGUCAGGAGCCAGCACAGUGCGUUCCGCGCGCGGUGCCUGGACCUCGUCGCGAGCGGGGGUCCGGACCGCCUCCCCGUGCAGCUGGCCGCCAUGGGGGCGCUGAUGGAGCUGGUGCGGUCCGAGGAGGUCGGGCAGUUCGGCAACACGCUCUUCGUUGCGAUGAUCCGGCGCAUGGCCGCAUCGCCGGACCUGAGCGGGGAGCUCCUCGGGUCGUUCGCGGAGCGCUACGCCGAGCUGGCGGACGUGCGCUACUACACGCUGCGCGCCGUGCAGGACGUCGCCGAGGACCUCGCGGAUGGGGGCAAGGAGGUGGUGCUGCCGGCCGAGAUGGACCGCUCGGAGGUGACGUCGAACCUCUUCGACAUCCUGAAGUGCGACGCGGGCCCGAUGCUGCGGUCCGGCGAGGCGGCGUCGUGGUGCGGCGCGAUCGAGGCAGGCGCGGUGCGUCCCGCAGUGGCCGACGACCGCGCGGCGCGCAAGCAGGCGGGCAAGGGCGCGGGCGACGACGCGACGCGGGCGGCGAAGUGGGCCUCGCACGGCAGCCACGUGCGUGCGUUCAGCGGCGCGUGGCUCGCGCUCCUGCGCGCGCCCAUGCCGGCGGACAUUUACUGCAAUGUGCUGGCGGCGCUGCACGAGGCGGUGAUCCCCGCGAUGGCCAACCCGCUGCUGCUGUCGGACUUCCUGACGCGGUCUCUGGACCGCGGGGGCAUCACGGGGAUGCUCGCGCUGCAGGGCAUCUUCGUGCUCGUCACGCAGCACGGCCUGGAGUACCCCAAGUUCUACGAGAAGUUGUACCAGCUCAUCCAGCCAUCGAGUCUGGCGCUGCGGCAGCGUGGGCAGUUCUUCCGUCUCGCGGACAUGUUCCUCAACUCGCCGAUGGUGCCAGCGUACUCCGCGGCGUCGUUCGCGAAGAAGUUCGCGCGCAUGGCGCUGGCAGCCCCACCGCACGGGGCGAUGCUGUGUCUGGCCUUCGUCAACAACAUCGUCAGGCGACACCCCUCCCUCGUCGCCCUCCAGCACCGCGCGGCUCCCCCGGCCGGCGGAAACGCGGGUCCGCCGUGGAACGGCACGGACCCCUUCGACCCUGACGCGACGGACCCCGCGGAGGCCGGGGGGGUGUCGAGCACGCUGUGGGAGGUGGAGGCGCUGCAGCAGCACUGGCUGCCGCAGGUGGCGCACAUGGCGCGGCAGGUCAUGGGGAAGGACCUCGAGGAUCGCCGCAGGGCCAGCGAGAUCGACGUUGCGCCGCUGGCCGCCGCGUCCUUUGCAGGCCUCUUCCAGGGGGAAGUGGGGCGCAAGCUGCGCCGCGCCGUGCCCGUCGCGUACUACGGCCAGGACGAUCCGCCGGGCCUCCACGGCGGCGCUGCGCCGGCGGACUUCGCGGCGUUCGACUUUCAAAGCGCUUGA